UUUCGCGUUCGAGUGUGUCGAAUUGUGUGUGUUUGUUUUGUAAUUUGAUUUUGUCCAGUUCGUGAUUUUCCCCACCGUGCAUGUUGUUGGUCGAUUUGGUCGUAAACACAGAGUGCUUUGUUUUUCGAGCCAAAAGUUUUCCCAGUUGCGUGUGUUUAUCGAAUCCGGGCGUACAGUUUUCUUCGACUUCUGGUCGAGAAACCGAGAACCAGAGUGUUGGCAGAGAAUCUUAUCCGGCCCGUUCUGCACGGAAAAGACAAGGUUUAGGUAAAGCGAAUUGAGCUGUUGGAGUCGUCUUCCCGGCUGGAACCCAUCGUGGCGCCCAAAGCUUAGUGACUGUGAAGAAGACUUCCCUGUCAAGAGGCAUAGUCAAGCGUGUCAAAGGAACCGUAACGAAACGAAACGAAAAAAACAGGAAAAGAAAAACGAUCCAUCGAGAAAUAGAAAAUAGCGCGGUAGCGGAAAAUUAUAGUUCGUUCACAGUUGAUUAGAGCUGCAAAUCGGCUCACCCAGUAAAGACAACGGGAGAAAGCAGUUACGCUGAAUCGUGAAGAACCGCCCAGGGCAGCCAAAAUGACCGAAAGCGCAGGAGUGAAACAGAUCGUCGGCGUCUCCGAUAUCACCGAAAAUCGCAACAUAUGGCGAAUGCUGAUCGCCGAGUUCCUCGGCACCUUCUUGCUCGUGUCGAUCGGCAUCGGUAGCACGACGGGCUGGACCGACUACAGUCCCACGCUGACGCAGAUUGCGUUCACCUUCGGCCUGGUGGUCGCCACAUUGGCACAGGCUUUCGGACACGUGAGCGGAUGCCACAUUAAUCCUGCCGUUACGAUCGGCCUGAUGGUGACGGCCGACGUGAGCAUACUGAAGGGUGCGUUCUACAUCGUUUCGCAGUGCAUCGGUGCAAUUGCAGGAGCCGCCGUCAUUAAGGCUGCCACACCGUCGGAAGUGGUCGGUGGACUCGGCGUGACCGGCAUCGCCCCGGGACUGACCGCUGGCCAGGGAGUCCUGGUCGAGGCGCUCAUCACCUUCAUACUGGUGUUCGUCGUCCAUGGCGUGUGUGACAAUCGUCGCUCGGACAUCAAGGGCUCGGCACCGCUCGCCAUCGGGCUUUCCAUCACCGCUGGACACUUGGCUGCGAUUAAGUACACCGGCGCAAGCAUGAACCCAGCCCGCUCGUUCGGACCGGCCGUCGUUAUGGGCAACUACACGGACCUUUGGGUUUACUGGGUUGGCCCGAUCGUCGGAGGUAUCAUCGCCGGGGCCCUUUACCGUCUGUUCUUCAAAGUAAGAAAAGGUGACGAGGAAUCAAAUUCAUACGAUUUUUAAAACCCUCCCCCCAAACCACUUGUAAGAUUUAGCCCCUUUUCACCGAUCGAGCAAAAGUGAAAGAAAUAGGCACGAGCAUUGCCGUCACAGCCCGUGUGCGGUUUGGAGGUUUCGGAACAGCUUCUUCACAAGUAUUUAAAUUGGUCUUAUUCUAUCCUCCGCCGAAACGUGAAGGAGUGUGUCCCGUGGAGAUUCUGUCUUCCUACUACACUAAUCCCAAUUCCAUCGCCAU